AUGUGGCAAUACCCGCUGAAAUCGUCAUUACGCUCAAGUUCAGCCUUAAAUAGUCGGUAUGGUGUUGUGAGAAGAGGUGGAUGGUUUACUGCCUGUCGACAAGGCGCUGAGCGUCCGAUUCAUUCAUUUCGAAUGAUGGGAAAGAAUACGAACGCGGCUCAAUCGACGCUGCCUGAUAGCGAGAGUCAACAACGUCCACGCCGAUUUCAGAAGCACACGGAACAGGAUACUUGGAAUAACAGUCAGCGGACGGUAUACAAUAUGAACAAUAUUUCAGCCAGCCAUCAGAUGGCAUACGACGCCAACAGUGUCGUAACUGGUUAUCCCUCCGCACCAUACACUAAUAGAAUCACCACUACAUUGAAUCCAUACAUGGCAAACAAUGAAAUGAUGCCUCCUCAAAACCCGAUGAACAAUACAGCAAACUUUGGAUGGGGCUCCCUUUAUGCUACGCCUGCUACUUCCUACCAAACAUCUACAACUCCUGUAAUGCAGCCACAGUGGCUAAAGAUGCAAUCUGCGCAACAGAUGAUGAUGCCUCAACCGAUGUUAGGAGGCUUUGGUAGCGCCCAAUCGUCUUUAACGAAUACGAACGGCAUGCAUUACCAGCAGACACGUCAUAUGUCUACUCAAGUCUCGUAUGCAAAACAGAGGCGCAAUCACCUAGACGCACUUCGGAAAAAAAUGCGGGACUACCUCGCUGAAAAGUACAGGACCGAUGAAUUUCUCAAGCCAGUUGAAUGGUCGCCAUCUACUGAAGACUCGGACUCAAACUCGCUCCACCCGAUAGAUCAAAUUAGGAGAGACAUGUGGCUCGCACUUCCUGAAAAGUACAAAACCGAUGACCUUUAUCAGCAAUUCAAUCCGGGGCGACACUACAAAACAGAACCAAAUACAGCCGAGACUAUAUCUGUUCAGAGUGAAACUCACAGGCUCAUGCUUCUCGUACGCGAAGCUCAUAUCAAGGAAUGGAGAGCUUUACCAGCAGAAGAGAAACGUCAGCUGGCUCAUACAGAACCUAAUGUUCUAGAAACAUCGGAGAAACGUCAGUAUGUUCGUGCCACAAGUGAGCCGCCGAAGCCUGUCCUUUCCGCGCCAAAUGCCACCAGUUCGAAAGAUGAAAACUCAACAUCGGUAAUAAAGUAUAUUCAUAACAAACUCGAGCCACCCAUGACCCCCUUACCCUUGACCUCAUACUUGGAGCAAGCAGCCAAAGAGCCGCUAGACUUGCAUUUCAUGCAACCGCUUCUCGUCAUUCUGGACUUGAACGGGACACUGCUGUAUCGCAAGCGCAAAGCCUUUCCACCCAAAUUCAUCCGACGGCCAGCACUUGAUUACUUUCUCGAGCGACUUACGAGUCGACAUAUGGUCAUGGUAUGGUCAAGUUCUCGACGGGAUACCGUGGACGCGAUCUGCGACGAAAUCUUUUCCACAGUUCAGAAGCAGAAGUUAGUGGCGAGGUGGAGUCGGGACCAUCUAGACUUGACUCCAGAACAAUUCAACAACAAAGUCCAAGUCUACAAGGUACUUGAAAAGGUAUGGGCGGAUAAAAACAUCCAGGCAAAAUUUCCUACAAAGAAAAGCCGAGCUGGCAAAGCGGCGUUCAAUUCCCUCCGCUACGCACCUGGACUGGACGAACAGACAGAAAUGACAGGAUUCAUGAAUAAACGCUGGGACCAAUCAAACACCGUCUUGAUUGACGAUAGCACGCUCAAAGCCGCCGCAAAUCCAUACAACAUCAUCCAAGUUCCCGAAUUCACAAACGUGCCCAACAAAAACGACCAAACCGUUCUCAAGGAAUUACUACUUAAAAUCCGUGUUUUGGCAAAAUCGAACGACGUCAGCCGCCGUCUUCGCUCCCUGGGUCCCGAGGGCAUCCAACUCCGCCGCGAAGAUAUAUUAGCAUCCUUCUCCGAACAAUCAGAGUCAGAAGCAGAAAUCAUCAAGCAACAUGAAAAGCAAGGCAAAGAACAGGGCGAACAGGGCGAAAAGGUCGUGGGUAGCACUGAAGUCUUUGAGACAGAGAAUCAAAUUGUGCCCAUUUCGUUACCCCCUGGUGCCAAAAAGGAGAGAGGGAAGGCCGACAAGGACAAGGUGGCGAGGCGGAAGGCACGGAAGUUGGAGAAGAAGCUACUUAGGGCUUCGUUUCCUGAACCAUCCUUAGAGAAUAGAAUCUAA